UGCAGACAAAAAUGACCCGGUUGAAGUCUCUAGCGUCCUUUAGGAAACCAUGAAGUAUCCUUAGUGUGUUUCGAGUUUGUUUCAUCGGCAAACAGGAAAAGGGGAUACUGAAGUGGAGGCGCUCCUCCGAGUUUAGUGGGCUGGAGCCGCCGCUGUUGCCAGUUUCUCCGAGGAAAAGACGGAUUCAGCAGAGAAAGACUGGAGACAAACUUUGUGCAAGAUGCAGGGGGUUUCAGCGACUGACCUCCCUGCCUCCUCUCUGCAGUACCAGUGUGGAUCCGUGAACCACCUGUGUUCUCCACGGCUGGUAAAGAAAGGUCCGACCCCCAGACCAUGUCACGACAAGCCCGUUAUCAAACCCCGGCCCCAGUCCUCCACCUUACCCAGACCGCCAACUGCACAGAAACCUCAAGUGCCCCCUAAACCUUCGCACCUGCUCGCCCUUGGGCAAGAUAAGAAACCUAAGAGGAUCCCUCCGCCUCCAUCCAGGCCUCUGCCAGCCCCCCCUCCUCCACCUAAACCAAAGCCCAGUCUAAGCUCUCCUGGCUCGGGAGCACAGUCACAGAAAGAGGCACAGAAGGUGGGGCUGCUCAUCGAGAGGUUUGAGAAUUCAAGGGUCCCCAUCCUGGGGGUGCUCCCACGGUCCCAGUUGCACCUGUCUCUCAGAAUGGACACUGCGUCUGACAUCACUUCCUCCUGCGGCCAGGACACCACAGCGAAGGUCGCAGGAGACUCCCCCUCUGUGGACAAACUUGCACUCGGCACCUCUGAACAGACUAUUGAGGUGUCUGAACUUUCCCGUCUGGCUUCUGUGCACCUCGAUGGCUCAGAUGACGCCCAACUGGACGACUGUGACAUCACACACAGCGUUGGUUGCCUCGAGGACGUGGAGCGGGAGGAAGACUCCUCCCAUCAGCUCCUUGACAAUCAGGACUCCUCGGAGCAGAACGGGAAGAUUCCCAACCGGGACAGCGGCAUCGACAGCCCGUCCUGCGCGGUCGAAGGGGAGGUAUUCCCCAACGAGGAUGCCAUCGACGAGGAGGAUCAUUACGAUAGCGUCACGGAAACGGAGAGUGUGUCCUGCGUUACCCUGGGUAACAAACGAGACUCCACGCAGGAUGAGGACAGUGACUUGGAUGAGGGGAGCAGUGGAGAAAUACACUCUUUGACAGACACACAGACUGGGUAUCUGACAGAAGCACACUCAGAGGCGCACAAAUGCUCAGAGACUCAGAAGCUCCUGAACAUCGCCAAAGAGCUCCUCCACACUGAAGAGGCCUACGUCAAAAGACUCAACCUCCUCGACCAGGUAUUUUGCACUAAGCUCACAGAGGCUGGAAUCCCUCAGGAUGUGAUCACAGGGAUCUUCUCCAACAUCUCCUCCAUCUACUGCUUCCAUGACAAGUUCCUACUGCCUGGGCUCAAGACACGCAUCACUGGAGAAUGGGACUCCAACCCUCGUAUCGGAGACAUCCUCCAGAAACUAGCUCCAUUCAUGAAGAUGUACGGAGAAUAUGUGAAGAACUUCGACCGAGCCAUGGAACUGGUCAGCACCUGGACUCAGCGGUCCUCACAGUUCAAGAGUGUAGUCCAAAAUAUACAGAAACAGGAUGUGUGUGGCAACCUGACGUUACAGCAUCACAUGCUGGAGCCCGUCCAAAGGAUUCCUCGCUACGAGCUGUUGCUCAAAGACUACCUGAAGAAGCUGCCUGAGGACGCUCUGGACCGAAAAGAUGCAGAGAAGGCACUGGAGCUCAUCUCUACUGCAGCGAACCAUUCAAAUGCAGCAAUCAGGAAAAUGGAGAAAAUGCACAAGCUGCUCGAGGUUUACGAAAGGCUUGGAGGAGAAGAGGACAUUGUUAACCCAGCAAAUGAGCUCAUCAAAGAAGGUCAUAUCAAGAAGAUGUCAGCCAAAAACGGAACAGCACAAGACAGAUACCUCUACUUGUUCAACAACAUGUUGCUUUACUGCGUGCCUAAACUCCGACUGAUGGGACAGAAGUUCAGUGUCAGAGAGAGGAUCGACAUCGCUGGCAUGGAGGUGCAGGAGAACGUGAAGCAGAAUCUUCCUCACACAUUUGCCAUUAUCGGCAAGCAGCGUUCACUGGAGCUGCAAGCUAGGACGGCUGAGGAGAAAGAAGAUUGGAUUCAGGUGAUCCUUGCCACAAUCGAACGGCACAAACAAAACAGCGAAACAUUCAAUAAAGCUUUCAACAGCUCCUUCUCCCGGGAAGAUGACCAUCCCCCUGAGUCACCGGGUCCCUGGUGCAACACGUCCAUCGACUCAGAUGGUGAAAGACUGCAUGAAAGGAAGAGUUCCAGGAAAAAGGACAAAGAGAAGCAAACGUGUAAAGGCUGCAACGAGAGCUUCAAUUUCACCAAGCGCAAACACCACUGCAAGUCCUGCGGAGCGGCCAUCUGUGCAAAGUGUUCAAAGACCUUGGACAACAAAACAAGCCGAGUGUGUCCCGAGUGUUUUGAAGCCAGCGUCAGCCUGGAGACUCUAGGUGUUAGUGAACAGAAAAAGAAAACUGCACCUGAGCGACAGAUAUCUCUAACAGGGGACAACUGCCUGCUAUGUGGCCACCUUCAGUUGCAGGAAAAAGGGAAGAGCUGGUCCAAAGUGUGGGUGGCCGUCACUAAGGCUGAGCCACUAGUGCUUUACUUACAGAGCAGUGGACAGGACUCCAAGGGGGCGAGAGCGGUGCCUCUCCCUGGGUUCGAAGUGAGUGUGGUGCCGCCAUCGGGAGGUGAGAAGUCAGAGAUCAGACACGCUUUCCGGCUCUGUCAGGCCCAGCAGACUUUGCUCUUAAGUGCCCAGGAUGCAGAACUUCAGACCAAGUGGGUAGACGUUCUCUCAAAAUCAGCCCGCGGAGAAACACCCACAGAUGCAUCUACGAGCCUGACUGAAAACAGGAAGAGCCAGUAGUGGCCGUGUUGUAGCCACAGGACUCGCUGCCCUCCCUCCCUCUCCUGUGUAUAGAGCACACAUUACUUGAAUUCACUUUACCUUGGCACUUUUUUGUUUAGUUUUUGUUCUUCCCUUUUUGAGGACCGCUCAAUCCUUCAUAUGCCACUUCAAUCUCCUCCUCGUGACCACACGGCUACGUCCUGUUCUCUCUUCAUCUUCCUGUCUCCCUCGAACAAACAGAGAAACAAGAACUAUGCUAUCAUGCCACCAACUCCACUGUAUGCAUGUGUGGUUGGGAUGUUUUAGGUAUUUUAAAAGCCAGAGAAAACUAAAUGUUUUAUUUGUAAUAUAGCUAAAGAAAGUUCCUGUAUGAUUUUUUUUUUUUUUUUAAGAUGAAGUUUCUUGUACAUUAUGCGACUGUGUUGUGAAGCAUUAAAUCUUAUGUGUGUGUCUUUCCAUUUGUGCGAAAGUAUGUAUGUGUGUGUGUGUUUUGAGCGUGAGUCCCCUGCUGUGUUUAUUAAGUAUUGAAUGCUAGUUUAAGAAACCUGUGACCACCUCUCUGUUCUCUUCACCCCUGCUGGGGACACAGUGGCAGUUCAGUGGGUAUUGUACAGUAUGUAUACUAUAGUGCGAUGUAAGGAAACAAAGAAGAAAAAAAAGACAUUUUAACUUAAAAAGAAAAAGACAUGUGUACGCUUGUGGCUGGCCACCUGAUGCUCCCACUGACAGCACCCUUCUUACAGACUCUUCAUACUACUCUCACAAUAACUUCAUCUUUAGACUAGUCUGAUCCACCACAUUUCCACUCAUUCAGGUGUGUGACUUCUCCAGAUGAGAGUACACAGCCAGAAUGGGAUUAAGUGGCCUCAAUUCUGACCCUUUCCUGCAGGUUCAGACCCUUUAUAUCUUCACUUGUACACAUGCUUAAUAAAUCAUAUCCAUAUAUUUCUCUCUCUUUCUUAGCAUAGAUUUGUCUGCCUGCUUUUCUCCCUUUGGUGAUGUGAUGGAAACCAAGUACUGUACUGUAAAACUGUUAAUUCUGCCUUGCCCCCCGAACCCUGCUCCUAUCAGCCACCAGCCUUUAAGCAAAAGUAGCAAAAAAACUUUUCAUUGGAUCUCUUUGUGCAUGUGAACUCACUCAUAUUUAUGUACCGUGCUCUGAAAUCUUGCCCCUUUCCUUCCUUUUUAUGCUCCAGAUCUCAUUCUUGUCGUACUGUAAGUGAUCAGUGUUUUUAACAUGGAUUGUGCACAGUGGAAAAGCAGUCAAGCAUAUCAUCAAUAAACAGAAGUUGUGAUCCAUUAAGUACCACGCUGUCCAACAAGA